GACAAGCUGUACCUUUGCUCAUAUUUGUGGUACUUUUGCCCUCCCCUUCAGGCAGUCACAUGGGCGGUUUCUGUUCUCCCGUGACACUUUCGAACAAAUAACGGAGGGACGAGGCGUGCCAUGGCUGCUGUGUUGUUAUUGGGCAGCACAUCUUUCACAGCAUCCAACUCUCGGGACAGGCCACCGGCCUGCUGCAGUUAUACUUGGCAGUCCGCUGCGCAUCUGACCCAGGACAUCAUCUUCUGCCAAAAACACAGAGCUGAGACUCACGCAAGGCGAGCUCAGCAAACCCCAGAGAGAAGGCGUUUUCAAGCAGGAAGUGGGUGAAACUGUCUCGGGGGGAGGUUCGGAGAGAACAAGGAGACUGGUCUGAAACUCUCCUCACCAGCCAUGUCGAGUGAACGCACACCUCUGAUCACCUCUGGGGUGUGCGGUCUGUCUGUGACCGCAGCGGCAUGCGGUGCAGCCCCGGACCCCACCACAGAAUCCAGCUCUGAGAAUCCCAGUAAAGACCCUCGUAAAUUGAACACCUUUUUCGGGGUGAUGGUGCCGACCAUCCUCUCCAUGUUCAGCAUUGUGCUGUUUCUGAGAACAGGGUUUGUGGUUGGUCAUGCGGGGCUGUUACAGGGUCUGUUAAUGGUGAUUGUAGCCUACACCAUUAUAUCUCUUACAAUACUGUCUAUCUGUGCCAUUUCUACCAACGGUGCUAUACAAGGCGGUGGAGCCUACUACAUGAUCAGUCGGUCUCUGGGUCCAGAGUUUGGAGGGAGUAUUGGUUUGAUGUUCUUCCUGGCCAAAGUGUUUGCAUGUGGGGAGUAUGUUCUUGGUCUUGUGGAGGCCAUACUUGAUGUAUUUGGUUCAGAUGCUGAGUCAUCUCUGUCAGGGCGGGUACCAGUACUUCCUCAGGGUUACUGGUAUACAGUUUUAUACUCCUCAAUAGUCCUUCUUCUAUGUCUGCUUGUGUGUUUGGUGGGCGCCCACAUCUACUCCCGCACCGCCUUCGUCAUCCUGCUGGUGGUCACUGUAUCCUUGCUUUCCAUCUUCAUCAGUUCUGUGGCAGUGAAACCUCACGACUUUGUCAUCACCCGUCAGGGAUCUGGUAACCAGACCCUCCGCUACAACGCCAGCUACACGGGCUUCAGUGCUACCACGCUGAGGAAUAACCUGGGCUCUGGUUACUCUUUGGACUACAGCACCAACACAGUCAUGUCUUUUGCCACCGUGUUUGCCAUCAUGUUCACCAGCUGCACUGGGAUCAUGGCCGGAGCCAAUAUGUCAGGGGAGCUGAAGACUCCGAGUGUUUCCAUCCCUAAAGGCACCAUCGUCGCCGUCUUUUACACUUUCACAGUCUACGUCCUCCUCUUCCUCCUGGUCAGCGCCACCUGUGACAGGACCCUGUUGAUUCAGGAUUAUGGGUUCUUCCAGCGCAUAAACAUCUGGCCCCCGUUCGUCACUAUUGGGAUAUACUGCGCCUCGCUGUCAGCUGCAAUGUGCGCUAUGAUUGGGGCAUCACGUAUCCUCCAUGCUCUCGCUCUGGAUCAACUCUUUGGUUUGCCGUUAGCCCCAGCUGCCAUCACAUCAAGCUCGGGGAACCCAUGGGUGGCAGUGCUGUACACCUGGGGCCUGGCACAGUGUGUAGUGUUUGCAGGCCAGCUCAAUGCUGUAGCAAGCUUGGUGACUGUUUUCUACUUGCUUGCCUUCGCUGCUGUUGACCUGGCCUGUCUGGCUCUUGAGUGGGCGUCAGCACCAAAUUUCAGACCGACCUUCCAGCUCUUCUCCUGGCACACCUGCCUCCUGGGGAUUCUCAGCUGUUUAGUCAUGAUGUUCGUCAUUAACCCCGUGUACUCCUCAGGCAGCAUCGUCCUGCUGCUACUGCUGCUCCUUUUCCUCCACUACAGAUCGCCAACCAGCAGCUGGGGCUACAUCAGCCAGGCUCUCAUAUUCCAUCAGGUGCGAAAGUAUCUGUUGAUGCUGGAUGUGAGGAAAGACCACGUGAAGUUCUGGAGGCCGCAGGUGCUGUUAAUGGUGGCCAACCCUCGCUCUUCCUGUCAGCUCAUCCUGUUUGUCAACCAACUGAAAAAGGGAGGACUGUAUGUGUUGGGCCAUGUGCAGCUGGGAGAUCUGGACACCCUGCCGUCAGACCCAGUCCAGCAGCAGUAUAACUUCUGGUUGAGCCUAGUUGAUAAACUCGGAGUGAAGGCCUUUGUAGAUCUGACGCUGUCUCCCUCUGUCAGACAGGGAACACAGCACCUGCUGCGCAUUACAGGUUUAGGUGGCAUGAAGCCGAACAUGCUGAUUCUUGGUUUCUAUGACAGCUGCACUCCUGAGGACUUCUUUCUACAAGAUACUGCAUUCUGUGACUCAUCAAUAGGUCAAAGUAAUGAGGGAGAAUAUAAUUUUGGGGUUGACCUGCCUUCAUUACAGGCCCAUUUCCCUCCAGUCCGACACGUUGAGAGCCCGCGCUGGCUAUCACCAGAGGAGUACGUAGGGAUAAUUUCUGACGCCAUUAAAAUGAACAAGAACGUCUGCCUUGGCCGCUAUUUCUUCCAGUUAGAGGGAGAGGGUAAAGAUAGUAAGGUCGACGGAUCAGAGCGCACAAUAGAUGUGUGGCCUCUUAACCUGCUCCAGCCAGGCAGCCGUGAUUAUGAGGACGUGUGCAGCCUCUUUCUGCUGCAGAUGGCCUGUGUGCUCAACAUGUCCAGCAAAUGGCGCCAUGCAAGAAUGAGAAUCUUCCUGAAUGUGGAGACUGAGUCCAGCGACCAGGGCUGGGUGGUAAACGAAGAGACGUUUCGAGAGUUGCUGAGGAAGCUGCGGAUCAGGGCUGCAAUAAAGAUUGUGCCAUGGGACUCUGUGGUGCAGCACCAUGCUCAGCCAGACAGGGAGCAUUCUGCAGAGCAGCCACAAGCUCUGUCUGAGGGCUUCUUGUCGGCGGUGAACAGUAUGUUAGUGGAGAACAGCUCGCAAGCUGCUGUUCGCUUCCUGUAUUUACCUCGACCCCCUGCUCAUCACAGUCAGGCACAGCAGUACGUAGCUCAGCUAGAGGCGGUGACCAGUGGUUUAGGGCCAACGCUUCUGAUUCAUGGUGUUACACCGGUCACUUACACUGAUCUCUGAGCAUGUGCAGUCAGGAGUUUUGCUCAUGUUAUAUCAUUUUAUAUUGUACAUGCAGCAAAGUCUUAUCUGACUUUGCUGUUUAGUUAGGUGAAAGUAUAAACUCUAGGAUAAUUUCCUAUUUUCACAUACUUGAACUGGCUUGGUGAUUUAGCCAAGAAAUGGGAGAAACUAACAUCUUUUGGUCAUGUUUGUGAUAUAACCUUUUGUUUGCAUUAGCUUAAGGUCUUUAGGUCUGUCUUUUCACAUGAGACAGAUGAAAAUGUGUCAAAGUCUCUUCAGAACAAAAACACACUUUGUUUUGAACAUUACGGGUUGUCUAGGACACUGAAUAUAGAAAUGUCUAUAUAUAAUUUCAGGGAUGAAAUUAUAAAUCUGUGGUGUUUUGUGAUACCGAUUGACCACGGUAAAUAUAUUACUGGUUCAGUUUCGAAAGGAUUUUGUAUUAAUUCAUGAGAAUUCAUCUUAAGUCCUUUGUGUUUUUGUUGCUUGCUUUUUCCUUCAUUCUAACAUUUCUGCUGGUUGUUGGACCAAGUGAUCAAAAGGCUUUUUGUUUCUGCACUGAACCGAGUUCUGAUAUUUGUUCUCCAUGCACUUUUGCUGUUACAUGUGUUUCUCCAGUAUUCACAAAGGGAACUGUUGUGUACAUUGGAGCUCAGAAUAAUAGCAUUGAUUGCUGGUUUAUAUGCUAACUUAAAAAACAUGGGACUUUUGUGCUUCACAAUGCAAACUGUCAAAAAUACACCAAAAAGGGUUACACAUGGUUACUCUUGAGUUACUGAAAAAUAAUGAAGAGCAUGUGAAUUCAGUCUCAGUCAGGACCAAGGAUGAUUUGGACCAAGUCAAGGUUGAAACCAGAGUAAGUUCUCUUAUUUUUACUCAGCAAAUAAUUAACCACAUUUACAAAAUACAGUAUGGGUAAAAUGAGUAAAAUGUUACAGUACUCUUUUCAUGUUUUGUUUUACAGCAUCCAACACUGCAUGGAUCUUUAACAAACUGUACAUAGAAAGUUGCUGAAAAAGCAUCUUGCAUGACUUGGCUUUACCUUUUUACCAUGUUCCGUCAUGAGUUGUGAUUAAUGGUCACUGAAAGCCUUAAAUGACUGACUCUUGUUUACUAAUUCACUUGAAUGGGAAAGUGGUCUCAGACUUUUGGACCCCACUGUACACAGGAGUAAAUAUAGGCCAAAUGUACUGUGUAUUGUUAUCUUUGCAACUGUUAUAUUGUAUAAUUGUGAGAGACUAUGUAUUUAAAAGAUUGCUUAAUUGCAAAUUGUGUCCGCAGAUCUGUCAAGUGUAAUAAUACUAUACAGCAAUAGCAACAAUAGAGGGACAAACUCUGUUAAUGUUUCCCUGCAGAUGUUGUGACUCAGUGCUAUUUAAAGGUCGAGUGAAUAAGGCUUUUGAACAUGUUCGCCUCCAUAGAUAAUUAAAACAUCAUGCAAUAAUUAAGAAUAAACAAAUAACAAAAUAUAACUAUA